AUGUCUAAAUUCAGAGGGCAAGGGCUACUAGAAUGGGAGAGGUUUGAGGGGAAGGCUCUCAUAAUUGCAGAAAAUAGGAAAGAUUUGCUAAUGAUAAAGUUGUUCAGCAGUGUUGAGGGGCUGAUUAGUUUGGCUCUUCGAUACUUGGCAGAAUGCCGUGCAAACAGAGAAAAGAUGAAAGGAGAACUGGGUAUGAUGUUGAGCUUACAAAAUGUUAUACAGAAAACUACAACUCCAGGAGAAACAAAACUUCUGGCCUCUGAAAUCUAUGACAUUCUUCAGUCCUCCAAUAUGGCAGAUGGUGAUAGUUUUAAUGAAAUGAAUUCACGUCGAAGGAAAGCUCAGUUUUUUCUGGGAACUACAAACAAACGUGCCAAAACAGUGGUUUUGCAUAUAGAUGGCCUUGAUGAUACGUCUCGGAGAAAUCUAUGUGAAGAGGCUUUGUUAAAAAUUAAAGGUGUUAUUAGCUUUACUUUUCAAAUGGCUGUUCAAAGGUGUGUGGUGCGAAUCCGUUCAGAUUUGAAAGCUGAGGCUUUGGCAUCAGCAAUAGCAUCAACCAAGGUUAUGAAAGCUCAGCAAGUUGUGAAAAGUGAAAGUGGAGAAGAGAUGUUGGUCCCAUUCCAAGAUACUCCUGUGGAAGUAGAACAGAACACAGAGCUACCUGACUACCUGCCUGAGGAUGAGAGUCCCACAAAGGAACAGGACAAAGCGGUGUCCCGGGUUGGCUCACACCCAGAAGGUGGAGCUAGCUGGCUGAGCACAGCUGCAAACUUUUUAUCCAGAUCAUUUUAUUGGUGACUUCACUUUGGGGCUCAAGGACUGUGUGAACCAACAAGGGGCCAGUUUUCCAUUGUUGUGGUGAACUGUCAAGUGCAAUUUGCAAUAAGUUAUCAUGAAAAGUUUUUAGAUUACAUGAUUGCGUAUGCUGCAUUUUACAUUUUAUUGGACAUUUUACCCCACUGAGUGGUAAAAAGGACAGGCUACGGAUGGAGUUGCUUUGUUAUGAAAGUAUUUUGGUUUUGUUUUCUUUCAUUUAAUUGCCUCAUAUUUAAAAACCAUGGGUCCACUGUUAAAACACACGUGUAUGUGCAGCUUUACAUUUUAUUUUACAUGAAGCACGUGAUUAGGAAAACUCGUUUUCUCCUCAAGCCUCAGGACCUACCUGAAGAAAAGUUUUCUUGUAGCUCAAGUUGUGCAUGAAUUACUGAAUAUUUUACUGUGUUUUUCUUCAUGAAGGAUACAUGCUUUGUACUCUUCACUGAAAGCUGGAAACAUUUCUUGUUACCCUCUUUUGUGCCUUUUUAUUUUGCCAACCAUGUUUAUAGAAAGGACAUUACUAAUGACAUUUUGCAAAGUAAAAACAUUCAUUUGAACAUAGUCCCCUAGAAAAACAACUCUACAAAAAUUUUGCAGCCUUAUUCAUUAUAAUUUUAAUAAAAUUAACACAAAAUCAGUCAAGAAGAAGGAAACAUGUAUAUUAGUGAAGUGUUUUUGGAGACUAUUUGAAUGUGACCAAAUGUGGUUCUGGUUGACUUCUUUUCACUUUGGCUUAUAUCAGCUCUUGAGAGUUAAAUCUGAUCAUGAUAUUGCAAACAACUGUAAAUGGUCUCUAGGCCUUACUUUGUGAUUAUACGUUAUCUCCUGCUAGAAAAAGAUAAUGUAGUAAAGAACUGACAAACUGAAAAAAAGAAAACAAAAAUCAAAUGCCUAUAAUACCCUAAUGCCACUUUGGUAUAGAGUCUAACUUUAAAACAUGAAUUGCUCGACAGAAUUCUAUUCAGUAGGUGUUUCUUUGUAUUGCCUUUUGUGAAUUUUUUAUGAAAAUGCUGCAGUUGUGUUGAAUGAAAAAGACCCAAAUUAUAGCUUAUGAAGAAAUAAAGCCAGGAUUGAUCGCUUAAUCCUGUUUCUCAUGUCCAGCCAGAAAAAAAGAACUUCAGUGAAGGUAAGAUAAAUAAAUAAUACACAUAUAAUACUUUUUUUGGUAGUUAAGUGCUAAUUACAUAUAUGUAAUACUUUAUUAAAUUUCUGAAAUAUUUGGUAACUAAAAUUUUCUUUUUUGGAAAUUAAUCUAGAUACAUAUUAAUGUUGAUAUGAUUAAAAACAAGAAGAAACUGAAAUUUCUUUUCAUCAACAUGCAGAGCUGCUAUUUUACUAUUUGGAGAACAUGAUGUGAAAAUUGGACCCCAAAAGGUUUCCUUGUGUUUUCAUUGUAAAAUACCAUCAUCAGUGAGAGUCUUGAGGUCACUAACAUUAUCACCUUCUGGAGAGAGAGUUACUGGAGGCAUUGAGGAUAUUUUUUUUUCAUGUGUUUGGUUUCUCAUUCAAGUGACACACACAAACUGAAAAAAAAAAAAAAACACAAAAAAACAAAAAAAACCCAACAACUUUCAGGGCACCUAUUGCUCUAAAUGCAUAAUAUAACUUGCUGCCAGAACCAGAUGUAUUGAAAAAAGAAAAUAAAACCACCUUCUUUCUAUAACCAUUAAAGCAAAGUUUACUGUUCUAACAAAUUUGUAUUUUAUUUUGCAUUGCCACGCAUCUGCUUAUUUAAAAACUACAUCCCUUUGGUAGUAAUGUUUCAGGACAAGUAGGUAUUACUGCUUGAUGUUUGUGUGUUCUAAUUCUAAGAGUUCUUUAUUCCAGAUCAUAUAGAGCAGUUAAGGCAACUGUAACAGCAUUUUUUGAAAUACAUUGUAAAAUAAUAAAAGGUAACAUAAUUAAAAUUGAGUGGAUAUUA